GCUGCGCCAGGCAUUUAAUGGGCGCAGCUGGGCGCAGCCUCUUUCGUAGGAAGCUUCUCUUUACGAGUUCCACGACGAUUUCUUCCCGGUUCACCUUUGCUUCUUAAGUGAUUAGUAGUCGUAUGAAUUCUCUAAACGAUCUACGAUAUUUUAGUGACGUAUUGAUAAUAAACAAAUUCCUUACGUUCAUUCGUAAAAGUUUUAUUGCCGAACGUUCAACUACCUUUUACGAAAGUGCGUCCCCACUCUCGUGUAUUCAUCGUCUUGUAUCCAUCCAUCGAUUCAUCUGUUCAUUGACGCGAACUUGCUAAAUGCACUUUCGUCUUUCUCGUUUGACCAUAAAUCACGGAAGAGUAUACGAUGUUCCUUAAACAAUAUUGUUUGUUAAGAGGUGAAAGGUGUUCAUGAACGUUAGUUUUCAUUAUAUUCCUCAAGGAUAGUUCAACAAUCGUUUUUUUUACAACAAGACGCGACUAUCUCAGAUACAAUACCCUAAUAUAAAAUGAUCAUGUAUACAGUCGCGGAAGAACACAUAAGUGAUAAUGAGAUUGCACAGGUAAUAGCAUUUAUAUGCGGGGUCAUAGUAAUACUUUUAAUGAUAAUGGGACUUGCUUCGACGGAUUGGUUAAUGGCCUUAGGAUGGAGGCAAGGACUUUUUGUACAUUGCAUCGAAGAAGGUGCACCAACUCCACUGCCAUUUAAUAUGCCAGAUCCACAAGGAUGUUAUCAAGCUAGAGAUGUUGCAUAUAUAAAAGCUGCUGCUACUUUGUGUGUGAUAUGCCUCUUAUCAGAUAUUAUGGCAACAGUUUUAACGGGUCUUGGAUUAAGAUCACAAGAUCAUAGAGAAAAACACAAAUUCUACAGAUUUGCUGUUUUAUGUAUGGGUAUUGCACUCGUAUGUCUUUUAACUGCAUUGGUAAUUUAUCCUGUGUGUUUUGCCACAGAACUUAAUCUUGGAAAUAGAACAAUGUGGGAAUUUGGAUGGGCGUAUGGUGUUGGAUGGGGUGCAGCUAUAUUUUUAUUUGGUGGAGCAGUAUUACUUUUAUGCGACAAAGAAAGUGAAGAAAUUUAUUAUAAGGAAAGAAAAAUAGUUCGCAAUGAGAUGGGAGGAGGUAGUUCAAUGACUGGCAUGGGACAUCAUGGUGGACGAAGUGGUACGCAACUAGCCUAGUGGCAUUGCACCCUGCCCGAUGUUGUACUCUAGGUGAUUCUUUUCUUUUUUGUUCUCACAGUUUGAUACCCAUGCGAAGAGUUGUAUACGUGUAUAUGAAAAUGAACAGUUUUUAUACAUGUUACCUGCAUGUUAGAUCAGAAUAUAUUGGAGUUACAGACGGUUUGGUGUAAAAUAUAUGGAACAUGUCGUGCAAACAUUGCUGAAAUUACAAAAGUAUCUAUCAGUUGACUGAACAUAGUUCUUUUAGUAAAUAGUUACCAUUUGGAAUUAUCAUGGGAAUUAUAGUAAUUAAUACAAUUUUGGGACCAUUGUUAUUUUAAGUUUUUCUCUACAGUAUUAUAUAUCCUUUAUAUAUUCUAAAUUUAUAAUUGUUUUAGAAAAUUAUUUGUUUUACACAAAUUACUUUGCCAAGUUAAUUCCGGAUGUAUAAAAGUAAAUUUACUUUUUGAUAAUUACAAUAAUUAUCUUAUGAAAUGUUCCAAUGAAUAUUACAUCUAGUAAAAUUAUUAAUAUUGUUUUAUAUUAUUUAUGUAAGUAUAUACAUAUUAAUUUCACAAUUAACAUAAGUUAUUUCGAUAUAAUUUAUAGUAAAGCACAAAAAUAAUAGAUGAAAUAUUGAAAAAUACUGCUAAUUAAUUCUAAAAUUACUUUGAGUAAAUAAGCUAGUGUUUUUUUUUAUUUUAGUUGUUAUGUAUCUUAUUCUUUACAAGUAAAAUAUUUACAUUAUGUUACCAUUUUUAAGAAAUACAUAAAAUUUUGCUAAGUAGAAAAUAUAUCAAUAAGUAUCAUUAAUUUAUGUUUUUUAUUUAUUGUUACUUAUCAAUAGUGCAGCUUUUUUUUUACACAUAUAAGUUAUACUAAUGAGGUAUCUUCCAAGCCUAAGAUAUUUGUGGGUCUUCUUUUAUAUAUAACUGAAUAAUUUGGCUAAAAUUAUAAUAUACUAAUUUAUAAAUUUUAACUUUUCCAUUAUUUGAUUACUAUUUACAAAAUUAUAAUUAAGUAUUUGCUUUUGACAUUUAUUGUCACGAGCUGAUCUUCUUACAAAUAAAAAUAAUUUAUAUUUGUACCAUAAAUUAUAUGUUUAUAUUAACAUUUUUAUAAAUUUAGUAGGUUGAUAUAUACUCAUACAAGAAUAUAGCUUAUUAUAUUUUAAGGUUUUGUUUAAUAAUAUUUUUCGUAAUAUAAGCGAUUUAUAUUUCUGUAAUUAGUAGAAUAUGUCCAAAGUACAGUCAACUGAAACAGGAGUAAGAGCAAGUAUCAAACAAAUUUUGAUAAACUCGUAUAAAAUGUUCAUUUCUGUAAAUAUAAAUACAUUAAUAAUAUCAAAACUCUACAAUCGCGGUAAAACAAAAUUUAUAUAAAUUAUAAUUCCAAAGUAUGAAAUGAUAAAAAAACAAUUUCUGAUGUUUUACAUCGAUUAAUGGGUUGUAAUAAGUGAAAAUCCCUUUUUUCAUUUUUAUGUAAUCCAAGACAAAAUCUUUUAUUAUGAAAAAGGAAUAUCUCUUUAAUCAGAAAUAUUUUCUAUGAACCAAAUACAUUUUAAGUUAAAAUACCAAUAUUACAGAUUUUAUAAGUCUUUAACACAAUGGAGGCAGCUCGGGCAGGUAUUGUCAUUACGUUAUUUGCAUUAUAUACAUGUACGUAUAUGUACAUAUAAGUAUCUUAUAAAUACUUGUAAUAGUAUGGUAAUAACAUCUAUGGUUAUUGUAAUAUUAUUAAUAUGUUGUACAUGCAAUUUUCACAACAUGAUAUAUGGAUGACCAUGCAUUUUAUGAGAGCUUUAUAUGCAAUGUUCGAUUAUAUGUAUAUGCAUUGUCAGUACAUAAACCUAAGUUUAUAUUUAGAAAUGUUAAUUUAUGUUAACACAUAUACAUAUACAAUUAACGUUCCAGUAAAUUUUUAUAUAAUAUUAAACUAAACAAGACUGCGUUACAUAUAAUAUUGUUAGAAACAAAGAAUAUCAUAAAGUAUUGUAAAUUGUAUUGUCGACCAAUAUUUAAAACAUAUUUAAACUUUUGCAGUGAACAACGUUACGAAAAAUCUAAGUCAAUUCUAAUCUUAGUAAAGCCAUUAAUUAGAAGUAUAAUAUUUUGCCAUAUAUUUUUUGUCCCAUAUGAUAUGGCAGAUUUUCACAAAAGCAUUUUAGAUAACAAUAAAAUUUGAAAUUAAUGAGGCAAUCUAUUAUUUGUAAUAAAUUAAUAUUUAUAUAUCAAAAUCAUCACAAAAAAUCAUGUAAAGUUAAUAACUCUGGGAUUUAUUUCAGCAAGUCUAUAUAUAUAUAUAUUAAGUAUAUAUUUAUUAAUGAGAAAUAGUAUAUAUAAUGGGUAAUAUUAAAUUAGUGUCUGAUUUAUUAGACUGUAGUUGCAAUAACUCUAUAGUUCCAUUUGAUUCCUAAUUUCGUAAAUGUAUAUUGAUAUAUUAAUUCGAUCGAAGCUAUGAAUCAAUAGUUUCUCACACGAAUUGUCCGUAGAAAUAACAGUUAAUUGAACUAUAGUCAUAAAGAAAUACACAUCUCAUUAUUAAUGAAGAAAAAGAAAACAAGAUAUAUCGUUGGUAGUAUUAAAUAAAUCACUAAUACUACAUUUAGCAUUUAUUAGUAUUUCGUACUAUAGAAGUAGGGAAUAUAAUACAGAUACUAUGCAUAUCGUAAUAAUAUUAUAGAAGAAAACAGUACUGUAUACCGGUGUAAUAAAAAUUGUAAAUCCGCUUGUCUUCUUGUUAGAAGUCUACAAAGAACAUAUAGACUUAUGUAUAAUGUGUAAUAGUCCGCCGCAUUUUAAUGUGAACCUCCCAUAUUGUACAAAGAAAAAAAAUAUAUAUACAUCUACAUUUAAAA